CUCGUUGUCUACUUGGAUAUCAUCUGUUUUAUUAUAGAUGCUCCUAUAGCUUCUAUAAUUCUGUUGUACUCGUCCGCUACACAAAAAAAAUAAAUACAGAAUCAUUCUCAUGUCGUCAUUCGCAGUGCCUCCUCCUCCGCCGCCUCGACAGGGCGGCUCGCCGCCUCCGCCACCACCGAGGCCAGGAGGUUCGCCAAUUCAUGCGACGCAGACGAGAACGAGGAUGGGCCGAUUACCACACGGCUUUCCCGAUCUCUCACAGGACGAACUCGCCAGAGGAAGAGAGCAACAAGAAACGUCAAGGAGGAUGCCUGUGGCGUGGACGAAUGCCAAGCGUGACUACACGAGUAGUCACAACUACAACUCAUCCUUAGCAGCGACGCCAAGCAGCAGCUCGUUUCAUCCUGCAGGCACGUCUCCUAUUUUUGGUGCAAAGAGCAGGAAACAGGAUCCGGAUUUUGGGAUCUCUCCCUCCGGAUGGGAGCAACCCACCACAUCUACUUUCUCAGGAGUGACCACAAGCAGGGAUUUCUUGUCAGAAGAACUUCUAGUACAACAAGGUGAUUCUUAUGCGACAUCAAUCAAAAAUCACGGCCAGAACUUCAACGAUGCCAAGGAUUAUGUUGAUCCCGGAGCUCCUGCUGACGUACAUCGCCACCUGCGUCAAGGCAUCAUAGUUACAGAUGAAGCAACAGCUCUUGAUGCAGAACAAAAAGAAGCAACAACAACAGGAACAACAAGCACUACAGUAGAACCAGCUACAACUACAGAAGAUGACUGCUCCCCUCCCGCCCCUGAUGUGGAAAAGAUUGGUAGAGGUUUUCAGAUCAAACGGAUGCUGAUGAAGGACGCUUCGGACAAAGCGAACAGACUUGGAAUUUUAUGGCAGUCGCGGACUUGGGAUUCAAACUCGCCUGAAGUGUCGAUACAUGUUCCUCCAGAGAUUUUGCAGUGUACAACCUAGUUGUGCUUUCUAGUAGGUGUACAACGUAGUUGUGCUUUCACCUAGGUUUCAGUUACCUAAAAGCUCCUCAUGAUCUCCACCCUAUGUAUAAAAAUACAUGUUGGUAAUAUUUUUAAGGCUGAACUUGUUUCAGUUGUCACCAUUUAGAUUGGGGUCACUUAGUUAGAUCGACUUUGACUACUUCACGUGGUGCCUUCUUGCCAUCCACCCCUCCUGUGCCUACUUGUGACUCUUGUUCUUUGUGAAGCGCAACGAACGAGAAGCAGCUGUUCGAGAUGAGGAAGUGUUUGCAGAAGUUUUUUGUAGUCCCGUCAUGAUCUCCAUCUGGUGUUAAAAGUUUGUGACUCCAGCCUAGUAAAGUGCAAUCAAACCAAUAACUGAACCAGGUAGCGCUGUCUCGCGAGAGAUCGAGUUCAGUUCUGCGGAACAGAUAGCGGGUUUUCGACUGGAGCAAGUUGUUUAUUUCAGAGAUGCAGUUUUGGAGACGUGGGAUUUCGAUUUCGGAUUUGUGAUCCCAAACAGCACCAACACAUAUGACAGAAGAAAGUGCACUCAUUAUAAUUAUAGAUACUUACAACUCAAAAAGGAAAUCAUGGAAAAACUAGCUAGCUUCCCACUUACGUCCUAGUCAUUUCCUUGAGUAUGACUGCACUUUUUCCUUUCAUCACACAUGGGAACAGGUAAUCGUGGGUGCAGAACAGAUGCUGCCACCACAACUGCUCAGCGGAAACGUAGUUCUGGAAAUUAUGGGCAAUUAGUUGUGGAGGAUCAUCGGAGUAGGUCGUGUAGGUCGUACUUAAGUAUAAUAGGUCGUGUAGGUCGUCAAAAAAUUACGUACUGCGUUCCUAGGAGAAGUAGUAGUAGAUUGCUCAAUCUCGAAGACAAAGGUUUCGUGGAAGCAAGUACUUGCUAUCCAAAACAACCGAGUCGGAAUGGGGCCCGUGGCUUCCCGACGUUGAAGAUGUUGUUCUUAGGUAGCUCUAAUACACCACGCUUCUUAUCGGGAGAUCAGUGCGUGGCGCAGCAACGGAUUCGCAUUUUCUACGAUGGGAAGCUACCGGGUUGCUAGAUCAUGAAGAGUGGUCAUUUUUGCGCAGAUGUUGAUGGGUGGCAUAACAAUAUUAACAAGAUGGGGGGAUAGUACUUAUUCAGAUAUACUUGCUGAUUGUGAUCGAGGAUGUGUCCUCCGGGUUUGCUCUUGCGCAUGUGUUAACAUAAGUACAACUAGACUCAAUCUUGAUCUGUUGGAAUGAACCAUAACGGCUAGGUUUUGCUUUCGGGCGGGGAGAUGCUAACAAAUGAUGCAUAAAAUAAUUGCUACCUAGAUGAAGGUAUGAAUAUCAUAUGCGACAAGAAGCGCAUUCAACAAAUUUAAUCGUUCUUCUAGAUUGCUGCUCCUGAGUCUGAUGUUCGACAAAUGAGCGUGGAGUUCGAAAAAGUGCUCACAUCGUGGAAGCAAAUGUCAAGAGAUAUCGAGUGUCAAGAGAGGUGAGUCCCUACUUGUUCUUAUGCUCCUCAUUUUGAGGUUCUCC